UUUCCAAAAGCAAAAGAAUAUACUGGGCCAGAAGAAAGUUUGAUGCAUGAACAAUGUGAUAUUUUCAUUCCAGCUGCAAUUGAAAAAAGCAUCACAAAACAUACUGCCAAAAAAAUAAAGGCCAAAUUGAUAGCUGAAGCCGCAAACGGCCCAACGACAUUGGCUGCAGAUAAAGUUCUCAGAGAAAAAAAUGUUCUUGUCAUUCCUGAUUUAUAUGUUAAUGCUGGUGGUGUAACAGUUUCAUACUUUGAAUGGCUUAAGAACCUUAAUCACGUUAGUUAUGGACGACUUACUUUCAAGUAUGAAAGGGAUUCUAACUAUUAUCUCCUUGAAAGUGUUCAACAGUCAUUGGAAAAAACAUUUGGGAAAACAGGAGGUACUAUAAGUAUUACUCCCAGCGAGUCGUUUCUUAAAAGGAUGGGGGGUGCCUCUGAAAAAGAUAUAGUUCAUUCAGGUCUAGCUCAAACAAUGGAAAAUUCAGCAGUUCAAAUAAUGCAAAAAGCAAAGGAGUUUGACCUUGGUCUUGAUAUAAGAACUGCUGCUUAUAUUAGUUCAGUGUCAAAAAUAUUCCACUGUUAUGAUGAAGCUGGACUAACUUUUACUUGA